GUUAAGAAUAAUCGGUUAAUAUAAUUGAAAUCGUCGUCCGAGAAACAUCAUUUUCAAAAGAUUUUUUUAAAAAAGUAGAAAUGCUGUUCAAAAAGAAAUUUCUUAGUAUUUUUUUACUCUUUUUAUUGUCAAUUAUUUUAACAGCAAACGCCGAUGACGAUCAACCAAGCGUAAUUGUUGUUGGAGCUGGUGUAUCAGGAAUUGCCGCUGCAUCGAAACUUAUGGAAAAUGGCUUUAAAAAUGUCAAAAUUCUCGAAGCUGAAGACAGAAUUGGAGGUCGAAUUCACACUGCAAAAAUGGGUGAUAAAUUAGUUGAAUUGGGCGCACAAUGGAUUCAUGGGGUAGAAGGGAAUGUUGCUUAUGAAUUGGCCUCACCACAUGGAGUAGUGGACAAGGGAGACGAAGGAGUAGACAAAAUGCAUGAAAAAGUUAUAGAUUCUGCGGGCAAUGCAGUAAAUCAAAAAGAUGUCGAUGAUGUUAAUGAAUUUUCUGAAAAAAUGGAAGAAAAAAUGGUGGCAUAUGCUGAGAACAAUAAAAAUUCACCUUUAGGAGAAUUUUUCAAUCAAGAAAUUGACAAAUAUGUUGAAGAUCAUCCAGUGUGGAAGGAGAAUAAAAAAGGAUUUGCGAAUCUACAUGAUAUGACAAUGAUGGCUAUGUAUUCUGCGAAUUCAUGGGAUGAUGUUUCAACAGCAACUGUUAAAGAUUUUCACAAUUGUCCUGGAGCAUUCUUUAUUAAUUGGAAAACCAAUGGAUAUAAAACUCUUCUCGAUAUAUUAAUGAAACGUGUCCCAAAACCAGAGGAAGAAUUACCAGUUAUGAGUAACACAGUGUUAAAUGCUGAAGUCUCCUCAAUUGAUUAUUCGGAUCCUAAUGGAAAAGUUACAGUAAAAACUACAAAUGGAGACACACACACUGCAGAUCAUGUCAUCGUCACAUGUUCCGUGGGUGUUUUAAAAGACGUACAUAAAUCCCUCUUCAAACCCGUUUUACCAGAAGAUAAACAAAAAACUAUUGAGGGCAUGGGUUUCGGAAAUGUAGCAAAGAUUUAUCUCUCUUAUGAUGCACCAUGGUGGCAUGAUGAAAUGCAAAAAGGAGUCGGUCUUCUUUGGCUGGACAAAGAUUUAGAAGAAGUCGAGAAGGAUAGUGAAAAGAAUUGGCUUCAGGGAUUAGUUGGAGUUUAUGCAGUUGAACAUCAACCAAAUUUACUCGAAGCUUGGGUAUCGGGAAAACAUUCUCGCGAUAUGGAAAAACUCACUGAUGAACAAGUCAAAAAUCAAGUUGUUGAAGUUUUGCAAAGAUUUUUUGGAAAGACACACAAUAUGACUGAACCCACUGAAAUGAUGAGAUCCAUGUGGUCUGGAAAUAAACAUUUCAAAGGAACUUAUAGCUACAGAAGAGUGAUGAGCGAUCCUGAUGUUGUGAAUCCAACAAAAUUAUCAGAACCAGUUGGAGAAGGAAAACCAGUCGUUUUAUUCGCCGGUGAGGCCACGAGUCCCCAUCACUAUAGUUCAGUUCAUGGCGCUAUUGAAACAGGUUGGCGAGAAGCAGAGCGAAUUAUGGCACAACAUCCAACUGUAAAAAGUUAAAAUUAAAAGAUUUUGAAAAUAUCUCAGUGAUUACUUGAUAGAAAUUUUUUUUACAGAGAAUUAAAUCAAACUUAUUAAAAUUCAAAUUACAUAAAUAACAUUAUUUUCUUUGUUUCUUAAAAAUGAUCACCAGAUACUUUUAAUCUAUUAUCGCACAUAUGAAUAAAACAAAAAUCUUAUAAUAAUUUAUCAGUUUUUUAAUUCGUUGUUUAAAAUCAAAAAAUUAUACGACUUUGAGAAAAAUAAACUUUUCGUUUUAAAAGUUU